GACUGGGUCUAGUGAGCCCGUGAGACAAUUAGCACAGCGUACGUCUGAAAGGUGCAUGCGUAAUUUUCAAAAUGGCGGAACUAAGUGCAUACAGAGAUCAACAUUUUAAGGGAACUCGACAGCAAUUAGAGAGACUUCUAGAGACUAGYACCACGUUAUACGUUGGUAAUUUAUCAUUUUACACUUCAGAGGAACAGAUUUAUGAACUCUUCUCUCGAGCUGGUGAUUUAAAAAGGAUAAUUAUGGGAUUGGAUAAAAUCAGAAAGACGCCGUGUGGAUUUUGCUUUAUAGAAUAUUAUACUCGUGAUGAUGCGCACAAUGCUAUUAGGUAUAUUAAUGGAACUCGACUGGAUAAUCGCAUCAUUAGAACAGACUUUGACCAAGGUUUUACAGAAGGAAGGCAGUAUGGCAGAGGAAAAUCUGGAGGACAGGUACGUGAUGAAUAUCGUGAAGGAUAUGAUCCUGGUCGUGGUGGUUUUGGAAAACAAGGGACAGCUGCAAUCUCUAAUCCACCUGUAUCUUACACAAAACGAUGAUCAUUUAGGAAAUUUAGUAUAACUUUUGUGAUCUUCCACUUAUGUCUACAUCCUAUGUUAAUAAUGAAUAUUUAGAAGACCAAGUUUAAUAAAAAAAACAUUUUAGCAAUCUCUUUUACAGUGUACACUGUGUUAGACUCAAAACCAUGUAAUAUACAUUAUUAUUUUAUUCAGUAACAGUCCGUGCAAAUGCACAAGAUCUGUCAGUAUAGAAUACGAAGAAUACAAUAAAAAUGUUUUGAAAUCUCA